AGCCCUCUCUGCGUGGCUGCGCUCAGUCUGCGCAGUGUUUCAGAGACGGACGCUGCGGCGUAAACACCGCGGAGCUUAGCGGGGAGCAGCAGCAGCCCCUCCAUCAGCAGCGCUGCCGGUCCGCCGGUCCCCCGUUCCCGGUACUUUCUUCCGCCCGCUGCCGCUUUAAGGCGCUGUAGCUCGGGCUGUACCGCCUUAAUAAUGUCGGUGUCAAUCUGGCACGACGCUGAGCCCGAGAAGUGUCCCGUUUUAGCUCAGAGCUAACGAUCGCUAUGUGACUGAAUGGAGGGAGCCGGACCGCGCUGGCGUUAGUUAGCGGAGCUUCUACUCAGCCGUGCCCGGGAGGAACGUCACCAUCCCCGGCCUCGCCGCUGCUACUGUCCCCUGCUUCCCCUGCUCCAGCUGCCCGUCCAAACAAGCAGGAUUUAUGGAAUCCAUCCGGGAGAGGGGAGCAAUAAUAUGUCAAGACGAAAACAGACCAACCCUUUCAAAGUGAAUUGUAGGUAUCGCAGGGCCGUUUCACAUGACCGGGUUCUCUGGCCCACAGCACACUUCAGAGAUGGAGGCUCGAAACGAGUUUGCAGAAAACCCAGCGUGCCACAGCAACGACUCCCCUGACCUCGACGAGCAGGACAACAUAACCGAUGAUAGCGACAGUGACCUGGAUAAAGAGAACUCCUCCAGCUCAUCAGUUGAUGACAACAUGACGAGUAGGGGGAGCCAGUGUUCCUUUCAUGGAGACGUGAAGGAGGAGAGUGAUGGACGGUCAGACAUGGGAAGUAAUUAUAUAUGCCCCCUCUGCACCCUGGAGUUCAGCAGCCCGGAGCAGCUCAUCGCACACGUCUACCAGCACACGUCAGUGGUGGGCAGCAGUAAGAACUACGUGUGUCCGGUGUGUGGCCGCGCCCUCAGCUCGCCGGGUUCUCUCGGGCGCCACCUCCUCAUUCAUUCAGAAGACCGACUGUCCAACUGUGCUGUGUGUGGAGCUCGCUUCACUGACACCAGCAACUUCAACAGAGAAAAGCUGAAAGAUUUCCUCAACCCCAGUGACUUGGAGAUCAGCAGCAGCGUAGAGCGAGCAUGCUCCAUGUCCCAGCAUCUCUCCGCUGGUUCCAUGCCCAACCAUGGCUCCAGCCACGGCCACAGUCAUGGCCACAACCACGGUGCCAACCAUGGUGCCAGUCACAGUCCUAGCCAUGGCCACAGCCCCGGCCCUGGCACCGCUCUGCCUCCACUCCAGGACAGCAUCCUCUCCUCCGGCCCCUCCCUGCCCUCCCUCCCGGACGCUCUCAAUCCCUCGCCCAGCCUCUCGCCUCUCCCAGACCUCCUUAACCCCAUGCCCGUGUACCCGGCCGGCGUCCUGCUGGUGUGCAACAGCUGCAUAGCCUACCAGCAGCUGGUGGGCAGCCAGUCGCCCACCAUGAGGAAGUGGGCAGCGCGGCGGAGGAACGAGCCAGUGGAGGCUCGCAUGCAGAGGCUGGAGCGAGAGCGAGUGGCCAAGAAGUCCAAGCGAGCGUGUGAGACGGCGGAGGAGCGCGAGCUGCGGCGUCUGCGGGACCGCGAGGCCAAGCGCAUGCAGCGCAUGCAGGAGUCGGACGAGCAGCGGGCGAGGAGGCUGCAGCGAGACCGCGAGGCCAUGCGAGCUAAACGGGCCAACGAGACUCCCGAGAAGAGGCAGGCGCGACUGGUGCGCGAGAGGGAGGCCAAGCGGCUCAAGCGACGGCUGGAGAAGAUCGAUCCGUCGCUUAGAACACAAAUCGAGCACGACCCGGCCGCCAUGGCUGCUCUGACCGCUGAUAUGAACUUGUUCCAGUUCCCGUUCCCCAUGCCCGUGCCCUCCAUGGAUAACGGGCUGUUUAUGAAGCUGCCCUAGAAGCUCGAUCAAACAUACGGACGCUCGGAAGUUCGGGGACUUAUAUCGCUUGUUGCUGUUGAAUAUGGCGGGAAUUAUGGAAGCGGAAGCAUUACAAGCGAAACUGCUCUAUAGAACAGCUUGAGCUUGAGAAACAUGUCUUUAACAUAAACUCUAAACUCAAAAACUCUAAGCUUAUUUAUAUAAGAAAUUAUACGAUUACAAAUUACAGCAGGGUAAAGAAUGUUUGAACUGAUUUCCUCUGAUACGAACAAGAAGCAUGUUGUUGUCAUAUGGAGAUUUUUCUCAUUCCAGUUUCAGGGCCUGAAAACGGACUAUAUUACAGUUCGAGCCCUUAAAGCAGUAAAACACUUCCGUAAAAAUGGAGGGCCUCUACUAUUUGCACAAGGAACUACAGUGAGAGGAGGGAGGGAGGAGACAUGAGGGAGGGAGUCAGGCAUAUGUAGCCACGCCCCACAUUCAGCCAGUCAGUCAAUCUCAUGGUUGUUCUAGUGUGUUUGGACUCCCUCCUCCUCCUCCUGCUGCUGGAACGCAUCACUGGCUAGCUCAAAUCCACGAAUAAAACUACCUCGCCACAGGCCUUCUCUCAGUGCCCAGACAGACAACUGGCCUCUGCAGGGCUCAUACAGGCCCACACAUGGACUAUAUAUAUAUAUAUAUAUAUAUAUAUAUAUAUAAAUUAAUGAAUAUGUUCGUUAUGCCAAUUGACGCACUUGAACAACAUUCGACGUACUCAACUUUCUACUUACACACUUUCUCUGCCAGUGCUGUCGUCAUUUAAAGACGAUAAACGGUUUCUUCUUGUAAUUUCUUCCUUCGGUUUCGUUCUCUACCGACCAGACGCCCAGAUAAAGUUGGCUGUUGUGCUGCUGAGUUCUUCAAUUGGUUCCUACUGAAGUCCUCCGGCUCGCGGUACCUUCACUCCAGUCACGCUUCCAACACGAUGCCUCCUCGGUGCUCGUCUGCAGAACAAUACACAGCACAGGUUCAUCACGUCACUCUCGUCCAGGCACUCAGGGAUGCCGAGGGCCGCCAGUCGUCCUCCCAGCCUGAGAGCGAAACCAUCAAACACACACUUUAUUUUUGUCGUUCUUUCUUUCUUUCUUACCGGUCACAUUGACCUCCUCCUCCUCCUCCUCUUCUUCGUUCUCCUUUGAUUUUGCACAUCUCUCUCACACUGCAGAUUCCUCAGCUGAGCCAGGAUAUCAGUAAGGGUUUUUAAUUUUUUUUAGUUUUUUUUUUUAUUUGUUUUUGAGCGUUUGACCAACUCUCAGCCAACUCAGUCUCUUCCUCUGCUGUCGUCACUGUACUGUAUUAUUAUUAUUAUUAUUAUAAUUAUUAUAUUAUAUAAUAUGUACAUUAUACCUCUCUUAUACCAGUGGGGCCCUGCACCUCGCGACGCUAGCCGUUAACGUUGAGGCGUGUACGAAAAUGAAUGAUAAUGUUGCCUUUGUCACUGGAGAAUUUUAUUUUUUUUUUCUCUUCAUUUAUUUUGUUUUAUGCUUUUGUAUGGAAACAGGUAUGAUGAUUUUUUUUGUUUAGGAUCAGUAUGAUUGGUUUAUUGAUUUCUGUUAAUAGGAUUAUUAUACUAUGGUGUAAAAACUAAAAAAAAAAUAGAAGAGAACAAAAAGAACUGCAUGAAAGAUCUGAUGAAAACAAUCUGAUUGACUGAAUGUGGCUGAAUAUCAGUAAUGGUAUCAGGAAGAGAUGACAGGUGAAUAUUAUUUCCAAUCGUUUUCCAAUGAACUGGGCAAACUUGUGGAACCUCAAUUUAUUUUUACAUUUACUGUAGUUGUAUUUGAUUGCAGGCAUUAGUAUAAUCCUCAGAUAUUAUUAUUUUUUGUCUGCUCAACCUCUUUUCCAAACACAUUCCAAAAAAAGGUUGGGAGGGAAAUUAGUGUAUUGUCUUGUAAUACUGUUAUUUUUGCUCACAAAUGAGGUCUAGCAUAAUAGAUUAAUAUCUGUAUCUUCUUUUUUAACAGCCAUCCAUGCCUUUAUAUUUUGUGCAGCAUGUGGUUUUACAUUGUCUUGUUGAAAAAGACAUGGAAACAUCCCUGGAAACUGUGUGGUCCUUAAUGCUUCAUGUGUUGCUUUAACCCUUAAAUUUGUGCUCCGGAGACACCAUAGCAUACAGUUCAAGUCAAAAGUUUGGCCACACUUUAAAUUAGGUGUUUUUUUUCAUCAUUUUAAAAUGUUCUGCACUGUAGAUUAAUGCUUAAGUCGUCCAAACUAUGAAGAAAAACGAGGAUCAAAAUUAGUGUUUAACAAACCAGAAUAUAUUUUAUAUUAUUUAAAAUAGCACUUCUUGCUUUUUGAGGUAGAGUCACCUGGAAAUCAGGCUUUCAGUUAACAGCUGUGCUGAACUCAUCAAGAGUUAAUUACUUGAAUUUCUUGUCUCUUAAUAAAGUGUUUGAGAGCAUCAGUUAAAGUAAAGUAGUGAAGAGGUAGAGUUACAGGUAUACAGUGAAUAACUCUAUUUAAAUAAUGUUCUAAUCCAGAUUAUGAGAAGCAAGAACUUUUCAACUAAGCAAAGAAAAAAAUACUUUAGGAAACAAAGGUCAGUCAAUCUGAAACAUUUCAAGAACUUUUAAAAGUAUCCUUGCAGCUGCAAAGACCAUCAAAAACGUUGAUUCUAAUUAUGAAACUGGCACUUAUCAGGACCGCCCCAGGAAAGUAAAAAGGAAGAGCAAGAGUUUCCGCUGUUGUACAGGAUAAGUUCAUCAAAAUUACCCCAGAUAAGAAUAAGAGCACCUAAAUGCUUUACAGAGUAUUUUGGUUUGUUUACACUUUUUUAAGUUUUAAGUGAGUUGCUGGAAUGGAUGUAUGUUAACAUCAAGUGAAAUGAAGUUGAGCAGAUAAAUACAUUAAAUAUUUAGGGUUAAAACUGCCUGCAAUCAAACUAAAGUCAAAAUAAAUAAAAUAGUAGCAAAAUACUGAUUUAUUUUUUUCUAUAAUUUUCAGAUUUGUUGGAUUUUCUGUGGUUGGAUUUGACGACAGGCAAUUUAAGGUCAAUAAUUGUAAUAAUAACUGAGCGUACAUGUUUAUGAUGUACAGUAAAUGCUGUUUACACUCGUUUUACACAAUUUUAGCCCCAAUUUUCAGUGUCUAACUUAGGACAAACAGACAUUUUGACGUCUUGUGGCGUCUUUUCAGUGACGCCCACGACACACCAGUCGAGAGUACCUCUUGAAAACAGGGUAAGCUAUUAGAUUGUACUUUACUGUAGGCUUUGUUUCAUUUCUGUUCAUUUGUGUUCAUUCCAUUUAGUUAUAGAGUAGUUAUAGUUCUUCAUUCUAGAUAUUUAUUGUUAUAAUAUGACUGACAUGCUACUCGACAUUAAGGUUUACAAAGGUGUAACGAUUUGUUCCACGUUAUCUUUAUUAAUCUUUAUUAAUACCUCUUCAAAAGUUAACAGACGAACUCUGCGGGACUGAAGCGGCAAUGUUACUACAGGCGUACUGGACACAGGUUUCUUGUUUGAGCCAUUUUUACACGUUUUCCAGGAGGAAAUACUCAUUUCAGAUGGAGCUACAGUGUGUGUAUGAUUUGAAUACGGCUCAAACAGGUCACGGGUGGCUUGAAUCACUAUGCAAAGAUCUGUUCUCUUCAGCUACUAUUGGACACUUUCUAUCUUUACUAUGCAGAUAAUGUGAACGGAAACGGGCUGGAAUUCAGCAGAACUCACAACUCAGGCUUUUCACUGUAGAGAACCAGGGCUGGCAUUCGCAAAGCAGCACAGAACGGGAUUUAAAAAUCGUGGGUCGAUUCCCAUGACUUUUGCCCUGUCACAUGACCUGUGGGAUAUGUGGGUGGGGUCUCCUGCAUUGAAUGAGGAUGUAAAAUCUGGAUUUUGGUUCACGCUGACAGUUCUAGACAGUAGGGGUGGGCGAUAUGGCUCUAAAAUAAUAUCACGAUUUGUCAUAAAUACGCAACUUUAACAAAAUGAAAAUUACAUUUUAUUAUUGCAUAUUCAAUAUAAUAUGGCACACCUCUAACUGAGAUAA